UUCAAUGUUUCAGCGCUAGAGCACUCUGUAAUCAAUAAAUUUAAAAACCCAAUAUUUACAAACACUCAGAAAGGACAAAAUUUGUUUACAUAUUGAUACACGAUCAUCUAUAAAAUAUUAAUAUUUUGAAAAUUCACUUUUUGCAUAAAACUUAAAUCUAACUUAAUAGCAUCACGCGAGAUCAAAUAAAAUCCUACUAAUGAAAGUGAUGUUCAACAUUUUAAAAUCACGCUGUUUAACCUAACGAGUUCACUUAUUCUUUAGGGCAACAAUUUACACAGCAUAGAGACAUUUUUCUACGCUUUCAGUAUAAAAUGAAAAGAUAAAAAUGGAUGUAUUAAAUUCUGAGCCUGAAGAUGGUACUAACAUCAGAAAUUAUUUAGCUACAUUUCAAAAAGAAAUAGAGGGUGAUGACAUUGAAGAGAAUGAAUCACUAAUUGAUCAAGAAUCAGAUGAAGAUUGUGUAACAGGAGGAUUAUAUGGAUACAUGUCACCAAAUGAGUUAAAUGGAGAUAUAGAAAUAAAAGAGGAACCAGAAGAUGAUGGGGAAUUAUUUGAACACACUUAUCCACGUUUUAAAGAUGAUAGUGAGGAUGAAGAAAAAUUAUUUGAUAAACAUCCUCGAAGAAAAGGUGCUGAAAUUAUCAGGUUGGGAUCAAGAAACAUUGAUAAUACUGAAAAAUUUGAAGAUGACUUUUUAGAACCUUUAAAAGAAAAUUCUGGUGUUGUAUCUGCUGUUGGAGAAGAACUUCAUAUUGAUGAUAAACAUACUUUAGAAAUGGUGGCUCAGUUUGCUGAACAGGCUGUAGCUAAAGCUUCAAAGAAUUCCUUGAUAUCAAAUACUGAAAAUGGAGCACCUUAUCAAACAGUUACUAUCGUACCAUCAGACACAAAUCCUGGAGAAUUGAGCUACGUUUUGUUUGUUUCAGAAACUGGUGAAUGCCUUGAUAAAAAUGUCAUCGAAGGAAGCCUGCCUAUUUUCAAUUUGACUGAUGCUGCUCAGUUAAGUGAGGCAUUUUUAUCAGAACAGUUAAAUGAAGGAGUCAAAAUGCGUACAAUACGUUUAGCUCCACGAAAAUCUUCAUUAGCUACUCAACAACACGCCUGUGCUUAUUGUAGCUAUUCAAGUCCAAAAAGAUACUUAUUGUCACGCCAUAUGAAAAGUCAUUCAGAUGAGAGACCACAUAAAUGUGGUGUUUGUGAAAGAGGAUUCAAAACUGUAGCUUCCCUUCAAAAUCAUGUUAAUACACACACUGGAACACGUCCUCACUCUUGCAAGGAAUGUGAUUCUUGCUUCACUACUUCUGGUGAGCUUGUUCGUCAUGUGCGUUAUAAACAUACCCAUGAAAAGCCACAUAAGUGCACUGAAUGUGAUUAUGCAAGUGUAGAACUGAGCAAAUUAAAGCGUCAUAUGCGUUGCCAUACGGGAGAAAGGCCUUACCAAUGCCCACAUUGCACAUAUGCUAGUCCGGAUACGUACAAGCUGAAGAGGCAUUUGCGUAUUCACACUGGUGAGAAGCCAUAUGAAUGUGAUAUUUGCCAAACCAGGUUUACUCAAUCAAACAGUUUGAAAGCCCAUAAGCUUAUACAUUCUGGAAAUAAACCUGUGUUUCAUUGUGAAUAUUGUCCUGCUACUUGUGGACGGAAAACUGAUUUGCGCAUUCACAUGGAAAAGCUUCACUCGAGUGAUAAACCACACAGAUGUAGAAGGUGUGGUAAAGUUUUUCUAGAUAGGUAUAGUUAUAAGAUUCAUGCUAAAAGUCAUGAUGGUGAAAAGUGUUUUAAGUGUGAUUUAUGCAAUUAUGCUUCUAUUUCUCAACGGCAUUUAGAAACACACAUGUUUAUUCACACUGAUCAGAAACCAUUUCACUGUGAUGAAUGCGAUCAAAGCUUUCGUCAGAAGCAGCUCUUAAAACGGCAUAAAAAUAUUUAUCAUGAUCCAAAUUAUAUCAGACCUGAGCCCAAAGAAAAAAAUCAUGUUUGUACUGUUUGUACAAAAGCUUUUAGACACAAGGGUAAUUUAAUACGACAUUUUGCUAUCCAUGAUCCAGAUGCUUCAGCUACUGAUAAAGAGCUGGCCAUGAGGUUAGGAGAACCUAAAAAGCCAGGACAAGAUAUAGAUGGUGAGGAAGAUGAAGAAGAAAUGAAUGAAUAUGAUUCUGUUGCAGAUGAUAAAGAGAGCCAACAAGUUGUUGUGUUUGAAGUUAUCCAGUUGCCUGGAGCAAAUAGUAUGAUUUCUGAACCUCAAACAAUUACAAUGCUUGAUGGUCAAACUCUACUUUUUAAUGGCAACGAAAGGCAAGAGUUCUCUGUUAUUCAGCGUGCUGAUGAAAUUAGUGACUUACUUGGUCUUUCUGAAAACAUUUCUGAUUCUGAGGUUAACGAUAGUAUGGACUUGGAAAGUAGUGUUCAAAGCAACGACAAUGAAAUUUUGCCACAAAAGGGGAAAAGUGCUAAAAAAUCUUUGAAGAAUUCAUCAUACAGAAAAGUUAAUAAAAUAAAUGAUAGAAAAAAUGCUACUGUUUUUAAAGUUUCUGCUGACAAAUCUGUUUCUGAACUUCAGAAUCUUUCACUAUCAUCUCUUCUAGAUGAUAAGUCUGUUCCAGGAAAAGAGAUGCAACCGAAUAAGGAAGACCAAUAUCAGAAAGAUUUUGAAAAUUGCUUUGGAUUUAAUGAACAUGAUGACUUAUUAGUUGUUUCUACCAGCCCUGUAUAUGAGACAUUUGAAUCCAACAUUGAUCCCGAUAUAUCUUGACCAUGUGAUUAAAUUAAUUUUAAAAAUUAAUCUGUGAUUAACAAUUUGAAUAUGAGAACAUAUUCCUUAUGUGCAGAUCUUAUAUGAAAUUAUCGUUUGUGUUCUAUUUCAAUCACUGAACUGUAUAUUAACUUUGUAUUGAAAGCCAAGUGAUAUUUUUGCAGUAACAAUACUUUUAACAUUUGAAUUGAUACUUCAAAAGUGUCUUUUUCAUCUAGAGCUUUAUAAAUACUUACUCGAGAUGCUGGCAGAUUGAAAGCAAUAUCAUCAAAAAUGUAAUUGAUUAAAUGAAUCAUUAAUGAGUUUAAUACAAUUGAUGUUUCAUUCAUUUUUGCUGAAAUCGUUAUUAAUUAUCUAAGUUUGCAUUUUAUGAAUCAUAUGCUUGGGAAUUAUAAUUAUUUUCAAAUUAUAAUUAUUUUCAAAUGAUACUUUUUAUUGGUUUAUUUGUAAUAUAGUUAUUAAAUUUUUGUACAUUUGUUUGUUGUUGAUUAAAUAUAAAUGUUGUUCAUUUAUCAUGACUUGUUUUUACACAGGACUGAGAAUAGCAUGUUAUAUUUAAUAAUAAAAUUUUUGUUAAAAACGUU